AUGGAAGAAGGGAUUCAAAAUGCCAAGAAAUUCCAAAAGGUUGUCUUGGAGGAAGUGGACGACAUUAUUAGUGAAGAACAGGAAAGUGAUGUUUAUUUGCCGAGUUUGAAUAGUGACGAAGACGAAGACGACGACGAAGAAGAAGAUUCAUUGUGGGGGGUGGCAACGUCUGGAUUCGAGAAAGAUGAGAGUCAUGAUAUUGCUAACAGUGGGAUCGAGGAUUCGGGAAAUAAGGAUUCCAGUCGACGACGAAGAAAACGAAGACGGAAGCGACAUUCAACAAAAAAUGACAGACCAUCGGAAAAAUCAUCUCCUUCCAUGGCACCCACAUCGUUGCCUCCCACAACUGAGAAUCAAGAUCAAAGUGGUGAUGAUGACAUUGACUCACCAUUUUCAUCCGCAACAUCUAAUACGAUUGAUCCAUCACUGAUUGUUGGCAAGACAAUCUUGGACAACAACUUUUACAUUUCCAAUCAGGUCCGUGUCGGGAGUACCAAGAGUGAACUCUAUCACUGUUACCCUGUAACUUCGAGUUCUCAUUUAGAAGAGAAAUAUCAAAAGCACCCACCCUUCAUGAUCAAACUUUCGCAAAAUGUUGAACAAAUGAUAUUGGAGUAUCGGAUUCACAAGGACUUGUAUUCUCGACUAUCACCCGAGCAACAGGAUCUAUUUAUUAUGGUUUACGAUUGGAUACCGGCCUCGGAUAUUACACAUCAGCGAGUCGGAUUUCUCAUGGAGGCGGGUUUGGAAAAUUUACGAGGCAUUGUUUGGAAACAUGGACCGAUGCAAGGACAAACAUUGAAAGAAGCCAUGAUGUCUAUCAUAUUAACCAUUCAGGUACUUCAUCAAUUGGGAACCAUUUGGACCGAAGUAAAAGCGGAAAACUUUGUCGUCAUGCGGGAUGGUAAAAUUAAGGCGAUUGAUCUGGAAUCCGUGACUGCGCAUGGGGAAUUCCUUCGAUGCUACACGGCCGAGACCUAUCCGCCUGAAUUUCCGCCUGAUUCGCUUUACAAUGAAAUUCCGCAAGUACCCCUGGACUAUUCCUUUGACAUUUGGGGACUUGGUUUGGUUCUGUUGGAAAUGGCAAUAGGAGAACCUCUCUUUACCUUGCACCAUACCUAUGAUGUAGACUAUGUGCGAGAACGGCUGAAGGACCCACAAGGAAUAGUAAACCAAGCAAGACAACGGUUGGAACAUAUCGACUAUCAAGCACGAGACGUCAUUUUACAAUGUUUGGUGGUGGAACCUACAAAACGAAGCACUUGCGAACAACUAUUGAAUCAUGAAUACUUUCAAAAUUAG